GUUGCCAUAUCCCAGCAUGUAUGAAGGCUCAACAGUACAGCGUCGUGCAACUCCGUGCUGUGGAACCCUCCCUGCAUCUCCCGCUGACCAGGGCCUCUGACGGCCGCCAGAAUGCGUGCCGUGCGCGCGACGUUCCUGUGUCUGUCGCUCAACUUCACCCUCUGCAGCAUCUUCAACGGCCGCCACUACACGGGCCGUGGCUCCUUGCCAACUAGCGGAUUAGAUGACGCCACGUCAGCAGAGACGGGGUCAGACGGCGGUUGGACGUCGUCAGACCCGUCGGGGUUCCUGCUGAUGGACUCGCGGCAGAUCUGCAGCCACGACCAGUGGUCCCGCGCCACCCGCGGACUCAUUCCCUCGUUAGAAGCACUAACCUGGAGCAGCGCGCUGUGCGAGUUCGAGCUGCGCCUGCUGGCGGCGCUCCCCCCGCGCCCCGCCUCCAUCCGCGCUGCCUCUGCUGGGCCCCUGGCCGACCCCGCUGCGACGUGCCUGCGACCCUACGUGCGCAAAGGCACCAAGCUCUACUCUCUCUCUCCCCCCCCCACCCCUUCUAGUACUACCGCCUCCUCCACCGCCCCCUCCGCCCCUCCUCCCCCCUGCCACACGUCCUCCUCCCUUCCCUCCGGCCGCCUGGCGGGCCUCGACCUCUGCGUCCUCCUGCACCCCUUUCCCCCCCCGCCUCCCCUCUUCCACCCUCUCUGCGCCUCCUCCUCCGCCUCCAGCCCCUCCCCCUGCCCCUCCCCAUGCGCUGGGGGGGGAUGCAGUGGGGGAGUGGGCGAGGGGAAUUUUGGGAAGAAAAAUGCAAGGCGAGGGAAGGGGACGAAAGAGAGGGGGAGUGAAGGGAAGGACGUAGGCAAGGAGGGGGUAGAGGGUUCUAGGGGAGGGAGCGAGGAGGGUAGGGAUGGUGAGGGUGGAGGAGUGGGCACGGGGAAAUCUAAAGAAGUGGAAAAGGAAAAGGAGUGGGCAGGUAGGAGUAAGUGGAAAGCAGGGCGCAAGGGUGCAAAAGAGGCUGCCGAUAACAAUGGCAAGAGCAAGAGAAGUGGUGGGGGAGGGAAUGGGGGGAGGGGCAUUGGGGGUGAUGACGUGGCGUGGGAGUCGGUGGUGGAGGAGUACGUGGACGACGAGGGCAAUGUGCAGCACGUGGUGGACAACAGCGCGCUGCUGCAGCUCGCCUUCGCCCAGAUGCGCAAGAAGCAGUUCCAUGACGCCAUCACUAUCUUCAACCUUCUGGAGCGCGAGGAGGAGGUGUUGGAGGCGGUGCUGGCGGGGCGCGGCAUGUGCCACGCGCUGCUGGGCCGCCACGACCAUGCCCUCGCCGACUACUCCAGGGGGGUGAAGCUGUUCCCGCACAACGCCGAGCUCUGGAGGCGACGAGGCCUGCUGCAAGGCGGCAUGGGCAGGAGGAGAGAGGCCAUAGAGGACAUCUCUCGCUCGCUGGAUCUGGACCCCACCAACCACGAUGCUCUGCUGCAGCGAGGCAGUCUGUGGUUCCACUCGCAGGACUACUGGGCGGCCAUCGACGACUUCUCCACGCUGCUUGACACGCGACCACCCGACCCGCUUCUCUUCAAUGCCCUGGGCCUGGCCCUAGCGGGGGCGGGCGAGUGGCGGAGGGCAGCGGAGGUGUUUGCGCGCGGGACGGCACUGUUCCCGCGGGCGGUGCAGCUGUGGGUGGAGGGCGGGCGCGCGUUCAAAGAGCUGGGUGACGUGGCGCGCGCACAGGACGCGCUGGAGCGGGCCGUGGCGCUGGAGGAGUCCACGGUGGCAUACCACCGCCUGGCGUCGCUGCAGCACCUCACAGGCGACCACAGGGCGACCAUAGAGUGCGUGCAGCGGGGCCUGAGGGGCAACCCGGGCGACAUCGAGCUCAACCACAUGCAGGCCUCGGCGCACCACGCCCUGGGGGACUUCAUCCUCGCUCUGAAGCAGUACGACCACGUGCUCAGCCUGAGUGCCGGCGACACCCCAGGCUCCUUUCACGUGCUGCAGUUCAUGGCCUUCUACCAGCGGGAGAUAGCGGCAUACACGGUGCUAAAGCUGGACGCCCCCUUCACCGCCUUCCGCCUCGACUCCCACCUCGACGUCAAGUUCCGGGAGGCGUGGGUGAAGAAGCUCUCGCCCUGGACGCUCUUCCCCGGCUACAACCCCAUCCGCCUCACCGAAUCACACCUCUGGACCGCCUCCCGAGCCUCGCUGCCGAGCCUGUCGAAGCAGGCCCGGGCUCUGAUUGCUGAGGCUGACAGGAUCGGGCAGCGCACCCAGUACCACGUGGAUGGGUUCUUCCCCAACAAGCGGCAGUAUCGCAUGGCAGGGUUAGCCAUGCUUGACAUCAUGCAGAGAGUGGCAACCACAUGGCAGGCCAUGGCCUCUGCCACGUCAGCACAGGACAGCAGCAAUCUAUCAUCACCUGCAGCACCGCUGGGCAGUGCGGGUGAGGCAGUAGCACCUUCCCCAGCCCAGCCUGAGUCCAUCACCUCCGCGCCUCUCAUCUCGCGUGUUGCUGCCACUGCUGUGGACGCUGCUGAUGCCUCGGCUGCUGCUUUGCCCAGCAAGAGCAGCAACGGCGGCAGCAGCAGGCAGAGGCAGAGGGGGGCGGACAAGGGAGCAACUCACACGGCUGGGAGUGGUGGCAGCAGCAGUGGGGGGAUGGGUGAUGGUGGGAAGGGGCGGAGGGGCAGAGGUAGCAAGGGCAAGGACGGGGGGCAAGGAGGAGGCGGGUUGAUAGGCGGGUGGCGGGAGCUGUUCAACGGCAUCGUGCGGUGGCGGCAGAUUGCAGAGCCCGCUGACACCGUGGCGUGGAUCGAUGCUCUCAAGAACGAGUUUGAGACGGGGUUUGGGUCGAUCACGGCCAUGACGGUGGGCCCCACGCGCAACCUCAAGUACUACCCCUUGGCCCACCGCGCCCUUGCCCUCAUGCGCGCGCGCCUCCUGCAAACCCGUAUGGCCGCCAAUGCUGCCGGUUCGCCGCUCCCUGUGCCGCCCAGCCGACUGCCAGAGAUUGAGCGGGCGCGGUCGGUGGGGGAGGUGCACGCAGUGGUGGGGGAGAACUUCUUCGUCACCACCGAGUGCCACAGCGUCGCAUUCCCGGGCAAGGUGAUGAACGGCACGCAGCUCACCCUCGUCGAGUCCGGCUCCGCGUUUGAUUUUGCCAUCCGCACGCCCGUCACGCCGUCCCGCUGGAAGCAGUUCGACGCCGAGCUCGCUGCCGCCUGGCGGGAUCUGUGUGGCGCAGUGUUGGACCGUGCCCUGGAGACAGCUGAUGCCGCCCGCUACCGCCAGCGCAUUCAAGACAAUAUCCUGCGGAUUGGAUUCUACUGGUACCAGUUCAUGCCGUUGACACGGGGCAGCGCCAUGGUGGGGCUCAUGGCCGUCCUGGGGCUCUCCAUGGCGGCGGGCAUGCAGACAACCAGUGCCAUGCCGCGCGCCAUGCAGGUGGACUGGGAGUCUAUCCUAUCGCCGCACUUCGCCGCCUUCAACGCCUCCGUGGCGCCGUGGCUCUUCGCCCCCGCCACCGUGCACCGCGCACCCUGGCACCUGCCGCUCGUGGCAGAUGUCCUGCCGUCCACACGCCACAUCAUCGCCGCCCUCAGCCACCACGAGUGACUUUCCAUCCACUGCCACCACACUUUCCUUUUUGCGUGCAUUUACGAGAUGCAUGUCAUGGUGGAACACCAUUCGAGGCAAUAAACCUCUGCUACAAGUACCACUGGCCAAAUUAACCUAAGACAACUGGCACUGAGAUAAUCAAUCCUGUGUGCCCUCAUUGCAGGCUUUACAGUGGUUGUAAAAUGAGAAGAAUAUC